GUUUCCCAGCAGCUUGCACCUCCAAUGAGUUUGUGUGUGACUCUGGAGACUGUGUUUCCACUGGAGUUGUUUGUGAUGGGAUUGUUGACUGCAACGAUGGCUCAGAUGAAGCUGACUGCACUGGACCGGCCCGCACCUGUGCAUCGUAUGAGUUUACGUGUGGCGAUGGAACGUGUAUCUAUGACAGUGCAAAAUGUGAUGGUCGCUAUGAUUGUGCUGACGGAUCGGAUGAGCUGGAGUGUUCCCCAAAUCGUCGGUGUGAAGACUAUGAAUUCACUUGCGGUGAUGGUACAUGUGUGUCUGUAUCUGUACGAUGUGAUAGACAAGAGGAUUGCCGUGAUGGCUCAGAUGAGCUUAACUGUCGUCCACCACGGUGCCAAGGAAACGAGUUUCAGUGUAGAGGUGGACGGUGCAUACCUGACUACGCUCGUUGUGAUGGCAAACGAGACUGCCGUGAUGGCUCUGAUGAGCUCUCAUGCCCUGCUCCAGAAAUUACGACCACUCAACCACCAUUUAUUCCCCCAACGAAUCUUUUCCGAUGUGCUGAUGGCAAUUACAUUAAAGACUACUUGCGUUGUGAUGGAAGAAGAGAUUGUAAUGACGGCAGUGAUGAAGCACAGUGCGUAGGCACGGACACAGUGAACCUCAGAACAUACCCACCUGAGCAGACCAUCCAGCAGAGUCGUGAAGUGGUGUUCCAGUGCAGAGAUGAAGGCCCCAUUCGUGCUCCGGUGCGAUGGUCAAGGGAAGGAAACAGAGCUAUGCCUGUCGGAACAACAGACAACAGAGGACGUCUGACCAUGCCUAACAUCCAGAUUGAGCAUCAAGGCACAUAUUACUGUGAAGCACAGGGUGUGAGUCCUUCAAUGCCUGGAAGGAGAAAGCCUGUCUAUUUGCAAGUUAUUCCAUAUGUGGCACCAACCUUACCUCCUGUGGUAGUAUGCAGUGUUAUUGAGGCAACGUGCAUGAAUGGGCAGUGCAUUGAUAAGGACAAAGUGUGCGACGGUGUCUAUGACUGCGAUGAUGCUUCUGACGAAAUGCGAUGCAAUCCACUGGGAUGUGAACCCAAUGAAUACCAAUGUGACAACAAACGAUGUGUUCUGAAGACAUGGUUGUGUGACUCAGAUGAUGACUGUGGAGAUGGAUCUGAUGAGAGAGAGUGUGUGACUAAUGCACCAGGAUCAGCAUGUAGAUACAACGAGUUUACUUGUGUCAAUGGCAGUCAGUGUAUUCCAAAGUCUUUCCACUGUGAUGGGGAAGUUGACUGUCUAGAUGGAUCAGAUGAACAGAGGUGCAGCAAGCCAAUUGUUGUGGAGCCUCCCCCUCGCAAUAUUAUGGUCCAAGUCAGCGAAACAUUCACCAUCACCUGCAGAGUCAUUGGCGUGCCUACUCCAACUGUCAUUUGGAGACUCAACUGGGGACAUGUGCCUGAUAAGUGUCAAAUGACAAGUGUGGAUGGACGGGGUACUCUAACAUGCCCGGGCGCUCAGCCAACCGACCAGGGUGCUUAUUCCUGCGAGGCCAUUAACAGCCUAGGUUCAGUCUUUGCUCAGCCUGACUGUAUUGUCCAAGUGAAGGGCAGCUCACCUCAGUGUCAGCCUCCUCUCUUCAAUGCAGGUGCUGUUACUACAGAGGAAUGCCUCACAUGCUUCUGCUUUGGGGCCACAGAACAGUGCUACUCCACAGACAGAUAUAUUACACAGUUACCUCCUCCUGCAAAUGAUUCAUAUCAGCUGAUAGGAGUUAAUCAAGACCAGUUCAAGGGCAAUUACAUUGUGCGUACGAAACAGUAUCAACAGUCAUCACGUUUCCUCAGUCCUCAGUCAUCUAAUGCAGUCCAGCUCAAUGUUGACCGAUCCAAGCUGGAGGGCCCCAGUGACCUCAUUGUGUAUUUCUCCCUUCCUGAUAGUCACAAGGGCCAGCAACUGACAUCAUAUGGUGGAUACCUUAGAUACAAGAUCAAGUAUUCCAGCACUGUUGCCUCACAGACUAUCAAGGGACCAGAUGUGAUCAUGGUGGGUAAUGACAUCACACUUAUGCAUGUCCAUGAUGGAGAAUUCAAGCCUGAUUUCGAAAACCAAGUAGAUGUAAGGUUUGAGAUUGGUCAGUGGUUCAAGCGGGUAGUGGGCCGCGGACAAGUUGUUCAGAGUCAAGAGCCUGCAAACAGAGAAGAAAUCAUGAUGGUGCUUGAGAAUGUUGAAUUGCUACUGAUUCGAGCACUGUACACUGAUGCUUACUAUGUAGUGUCUACACUGUCAGAAGUUCAAAUGGACACUGCUGUCAUUCAUGAUAAUACCCAGGGAAGAGCUGUGUUGGUAGAAGAAUGUCGCUGCCCCACAGGCUAUGUUGGAUUGUCAUGCCAGGACUGUGCUCCCAACUACAAGCGUGUUCCUGACGGACCUUGGCUUGGACGUUGUGUUCCCGAUGUUGAAUGCCGCCCUGGAGAGUAUGGAGACCCAGCCAAUGGUAUUCCCUGCUUGCCAUGCCCUUGUCCUCUCUCAACACCUACCAACCAGUUUAGCUCCACCUGCUUCUUGGACAGUGAUGGCCAAGUGACUUGUAAUUGCCUGCAGGGCUACCAAGGAAGGCGUUGCGAGGUCUGUGCCAAUGGCUAUGAGGGCAACCCCAAUGUGCCUGGUGAUUCUUGCCGGCCAGUUCCUCCAUCGUGUGAAUGGUAUGAGUUCAUUUGUGGAGACAUGUCAGGCUGCGUUCACAAGGAUAAACGCUGUGAUUCCAACAAGGAUUGUCCUGAUGGCUCGGAUGAGGAGUUCUGUGAGACAGUAUGCAUGACAACCUUCACAUGUCCUGACGGUACAGUCCACCCCUGGUCCCGUCGGUGUGACGGCAUAAAGGACUGCUUCAAUUAUGAAGAUGAAAGGGAAUGUGAUGUGUGCUUUAAUAGUGGCCACAAAUGCAGUGAUCGGCAUUGUAUUCAUUUUGAACGCAUCUGUGAUGGGCAUCAAGAUUGUUAUGAUGGAAGUGAUGAGUUUCCUGAGAACUGUCUGGAUUACCUUCCCUGUGACCACAUAAGCAAGUGGACGUGUGAUGAUCGAACGUGCAUCGACAGAAGUGAUCACUGUAAUGGGGUUUUUGAUUGUCCUGAUGGGUCUGAUGAGCGUUACUGCAACUGCUCAUGCACCUCACCUAAUCAGUUCAGAUGCCAAGAUGGGACAUGUCUGUCAGCUAGAAUCCGUUGUAAUGGUCAAGCAGAUUGCAAAGAUGGAUCAGAUGAAUGGGGAUGUUGCAAUGAAGCCACUGAACAUACAUGUGGUGAUGGAACCUGCAUUGAUCGCCGCAGAUUCUGUGAUGGUCAGUAUGACUGUUCAGAUAAUAGUGACGAGCCUUCCUACUGUCGCGAGAACUGUGACCCCAAUACAAUGCAUCAGUGUGGAGAUGGUACAUGUAUAGACCGAAGAAGAUUCUGUGAUGGUCAGUAUGACUGUUCAGAUUAUAGUGAUGAGCCUUCCUACUGCCGUGAAAUUUGUGACCCCAAUACAAUGCACCAGUGUGGAGAUGGAACAUGCAUAGACCGGAGAAGAGUCUGUGAUGGCCAGUAUGACUGCCCUGAUUACAGUGAUGAGCCCUCCACUUGCCAGACAUAUUGUGAUGAUCAGUAUGAAUAUAGGUGCAGGAAUGGAGAUUGCAUCAAUCUUCAACGAUACUGUGAUGGAUACAGUGACUGCAGUGAUGGCAGCGAUGAAAACAAUUGCCCGCAGACAUGUUCUGAGUAUGAGUUCCAGUGUGAUGAUGGGACCUGCAUAGAUCGAAGACUAUUGUGCGAUGGAAGGGCUGACUGUAGGGAUAGUAGUGAUGAGGGUCAACAGGCAGGAUGUUGCGUUGCUCCCUACUACUUCCAGUGCCGCAAUGGAGAUUGCAUAGAUUCCAGUCUUGUCUGCGACACUUAUGAAAAUUGUUAUGAUGGUUCUGAUGAAUAUGGUUGCUCUGUGGACUGCAAUCCUUCUGGUAGUUACUCCGUUCAAGCAGAUCCUGUCACUGGACUUUGCCAAUGCAAGGAACUUGUUACUGGACCUAAAUGUGAUCGUUGCAAGGCAAACACCUUCUUCCUCAAUGACAAGACCCGUUUCGGCUGCAUUGACUGCUUCUGCAUGGGCAUCACCAAGGCCUGCACCUCAUCCAACUGGUACAGGCAGCAGGAAUCUGUGUCAUUCACAAAUGAUCGACAAGGAUUUGAGUUGGUCGAUAAGUUCCAAGAGGUUGUUAUCAGCAAUGAUAUUUAUGUUGAUUCCGGUCAGCAAGAGAUUGUAUUCAGUGAGUUCUCUCGUCUUGGCCAAGAGGUUUAUUACUGGAACCUGCCUCAGAGAUUCCUUGGAGACAAACUUUCAUCAUAUGGUGGAAAUCUGACCUACAGCCUUCGCUAUGUGCCAGCUCCUGGAGGCCAGAGUUCUGCAAACAGUGCUGCUGCUGUGGAAAUAUUUGGAAAUGAUAUCACGCUGAGGCACUUCACGAAUGGGCAACUGAGCCGCUCACUUCAGGCCACAGUGACAGUACCCUUGUAUGAAGAGGAAUGGGAGAGACAGGAUGGACAGAAGGCCAACCGAGAGCACUUCCUCAUGGUUUUAGCUGACCUGGAGUACAUCCACAUCAAGGCAACAUACACCACAAAUACUCAGGAAGUGGCACUGAAGGAGGUGAUCAUGGAUUAUGCUGAACCUCGUAACACAGGCCAGGAACGUGCCUUUGCUGUUGAGUUCUGCGAAUGUCCACCAGGGUACAAGGGACUCUCAUGCGAAGAUUGUGACGUAGGCUACACCAGGAGAUUGUCGGGUGUUUACUUGGGCGAAUGUGUUCCUUGUGAAUGUAAUGGACAUUCUGAAGAGUGUGACCCGGAUACUAGUGUCUGCAGUAACUGCCGAGAUAACACAAGUGGUGAUUUCUGUGAACUCUGUGCCCCAGGCUUUGUUAUGAACAGGCUUGGAAGGUGUGAACGGGAAGAAAAUGGUUAUGCAUGCAACUGUGACCCCAGAGGAUCACUGACCGAGUCAUGUCAGUACGGCAUCUGUCAGUGCAAGGCCAAUGUCCGUGGUGAAUACUGUGAUGCAUGUGAAGCUGGCUAUUUUGAUCUGUCAGAAGAAAACCCUGAUGGUUGUCUGAAGUGUUGGUGCAGCGGGGCUACCUCACAGUGUUUCUCCUCAAACUACUACAGAACCCAGUUGCCAAUGCAGCUCCUUACUGACCAUGGAUUCACUCUCUCAAACCGACUGCGAUCGAAUGUUAUUCGUGAUGGAUUCAGCCUCAACUUGGCAAAUAAUGAAAUCACAUUCCAAAACUUUGAUGAACUGAGUGGAGUAGAAUCAUAUUAUUGGUCACUUCCACAGAUGUUUACUGGGAACCGCCUUGCUUCAUAUGGAGGAAACCUCACCAUAACUCAGAGAUAUGUCGCCAAUCCUGGCAGCAACACUUAUGCUGACCCAGAUGUCAUUAUUAGGAGUGCAGGUGGCUUAGAGUUCAUUUGGAUGAUCUCUCGAUCCCUUCCACAAAAUGCUCUUCAGACAUACACUGUUCCUCUCAUUGAAACCAGCUUCACCAUGAAUCAACAGCCAGCAUCCAGGUCUGAGUUCCUGAAGGCGCUGUCAUCUGUUGAGGCCAUUUUGGUGCGUGCCACACCAAGCAACCGCAUGAGAGCCACUUCUCUGAGAGAUGUUAUUAUGGACACUGCAGUGCCAUCAAACACAGGGCAGUCGAGAGCAGUCAAAGUAGAGCAGUGCCAGUGCCCACCAGAAUACAGUGGGCUAUCAUGUGAGCAAUGUCGACCUGGCUACUACAGAGACAUUUUCACCAACACAUGUGAGCCUUGCCGCUGCAAUGGACACGAGGAGUCAUGCGCCCAGCUGCCCAGUGGGGAAGUCAGGUGUAAAUGCUUGCCUGGCUAUUAUGGCAACAACUGCGAAGGCUCAGGUAGGCCAUGAAUGAAGCAGCAAUAGCAAGGUGAUCAGUAGAUUCCUCUAUAGAUGAGGUUUAGUUAGAUCGGACUUGUUAGUUUUAGGUGCAUGAUACAAAGAUAGAGUUUUAUCUUAGAAUUUAGUGCAUGUUCCAACCAGUAGAGGCAUCGACUGUAUUGUAAUCUUAAAUUAACACUUUUUUUUUUUUUUUAAGAAGACUUAUUUGGGCUAUUUUCUUUACUAAGAAAAUAGUCCUGCUUUUCGUAAAUAAUUAUCUUUUCUUUUGAUGCUUGAUGUGUUUAUAACCUUGAUUAAAACAUAUUUAAUCCAUUGCCGCCAGUACAUGCCAUGCCCACUGUGAGUCAACUUGUUCGAUUGUUUUUACACAUAGAUGGCUACACUUGUACUAAGUAUCCAAUGAGCCAAUUACGAGUACUGCCUGUCUCGCCCAUUCACCCUUUUCAUCGAUUUAUAAAAAUAUUUAACGUUAUCCUAAUUUGCUGUUAAAAAUAACACCAUCUAUAUUUAUAGCACUAGUAAAAAUACGUUUUUUACCGCCAAUUCAAGGAAAGGUGAAAUCAGGACUAGCAGAGCCAUCUAUGAACAGAGAUAUUUCACAAAAAUAUAAAAAAUGAGUACUGCAUUUCCCCCAUUUUUUUGUUCAUUUUCCCCGGCGGCAAUGGGUUAAUUAAUGAAAUUUGGAGCUUAUGUUGUUGUUUAGUGCACAGAGGAAGCAGCUAGAAUAUUAAUUUUUAAAUAUUUUUGUAAGUGUUAAUAGCUAAAGAAUGUUAUUUUUUUUUUUAAUCCAGUGCCUUAUAUUGAUCUGUGCAGAAACAACAGUAUGAAGUAGAAAUUUAUUUUUAAGCAAAAUGGCUUGCAUGCUAAUUUUACACAUUAGGGUUUUAGUUAUUUUACUUUAAGGAGAUCAGUAUUAAGCAUUAUACAUUAUACCAAUCUGUUACUCUGUACAUUCUUCACAUUAACAGUUCACCAUUUGUGUACAAAAAUACAAUAAGCAUUUCAUUUGUGAUAUUUGAUACUUGCGUAAGCAUUUAAUUUUUAUUUGUUUAGCUUGUCACUAAAUUAGUUCACAAAACUUAACUAAAAGUACUUUUAUGUCAGUAUCAUUAUUACAUCAAAUCUUAAUAGUCUUAACCAAAUGAAGUUACUGAUUAUUAUUGCUCAUAUUAUUGGUUUGGUAUUUUAUUUUUGGUUUAUGGUUGCAUAAUACUAAUGAAGGAUAAAACAAAGGGUAUAAGUAAAUAAUUUUUGUAAAGUGAUCCCCUCACACAACAUUCAUGUAUAAGGACAUUUCAUUGUAUCUGAUUGCUUAAUAAUAACAUAUAUUACACAACUAA